AGAUGUGUUGGAUGUUUGAUUUAGAAUUUUUUUAACAUUUUAGAAUAAGAAUAGUUUAUAUUUAAAUUAGGUUCACACUUCACACUUAUCAUCUAACCAUAAAUUUCUCAAUAUUUAUCAAAAGAUAACAAAAUCUAAAACUUAGGCAAUUAGGGAAAACUCUAAUGACAAACAACAAUUGUCUCAUCAAAAAUAUAAAUAUUCAUUGUCAUUGAAAAAAAAAGGGAAUUAAAAGAUGUUGAGUUAAUAAAUUAGAAACAAUCUUUGUCAUUGAAAAAAUAAAGGGAAUUAAAAGAUGUUCAGUUAAUAAAUUAGAAACAAUCUUAUGACUUGAAUACAUAAAGGGUACCUCGUCCGAUGGCAUAUGCCAAGACUAAUGACCGAGAUGUGUAUGGUUCAAAAGGUUUGUGCCCUUCCUUCACAUCUCUCUAUUUAAAAAGCUUUUAUAAAGAGUUAGUGUAAAAGUUCUCUUCCCAUAAAUCGAGUCCAAAAACCUAUCUCCAACCUAACUCGUGGGGUAUAACAUGGGUCAUGGAUCAUCCAAUUCAGAUAUUGGUCGUAUGGAUCUUGAAAAUUAGAAAAUUUUACCUUGUACCUCUACAGUUAGCCCCAUACCCCUACAAAAUUUUAAAAAUUCUCAUUCUAUUCUUAAUUGGUUUUAACCAAUUUACCAUUUCAUUUUUACCAUUCAGUUGAAAAUUUCAGAAAUUACACUUUCACACCCCCCUCGCAUCGGAACUCCUGCAAAAUGACUUCCGGUAUGUAUUUUUCCCAAACCGGAAGACUUAAAGAAUGACUUCCGGAACACACAAAAAAGCAAACCGGAACACUUCAUGAAAGAGUUCAGGUUCAAUUAAAAAAAAAUUACAAAACCGGAACACUUCUUGAAAGAGUUCCGGUGAACAAAUUUUAUAUACCGGAACUCUUUGGAAAAGUGUUCCGGUAUGUAUUAUAUGUGUUCCGGAAGUCUUUCAAGAAGUCUUCCGGUUCGCUAUUUUUUUUUUUUUGCAGGAAUGGAAAAUCUUCCCCAAAUAUGUGUAGAUACUACUGAUGCGUUUACGACGACGGAAAUAUUUGGUACACGAGAAGAGGUUAUCAGAUGGAUUAAAGAGGUUGGAAUCAACAAUAAAGUAACUGUUACUAUCAGUCGUUCAGAUACUGAAACGGGGAAGAGAGGGAGAAGUAACAAAAUAAUAUUUGGUUGUGAUAAAGGUGGGAAACACAAGAUUAGUGAUAGUGGUACCCAAAGUGCGUCGAAGAAAUGUGGAUGUCCUUUUAAAAUCAGGUCGACUCCGACGAAAGAUGGAUCUGGUUGGAAGAUUGAUGUAAAAUGUGGGUUACAUAAUCAUGGUUUACCAGAUAGGUUAGAAGGUCAUUCGUUUAUUGGUAGGUUGACCACAGAUGAGAAGCAACAUGUCGCUGAUUUGGCAAAGAGACAUGUAGCACCUAGACACAUAUUGCUUUCCUUGCAAGACAAUUAUCCUGAGAAUGUCACUCGGAUUACGCAAGUAUACAAGCAUAAGAGUGUGAUACAAAAAGAGAUAAGAGGUCCUAGGAGUGAGAUACAACAUUUGUUUAAGCUUAUUGAGGAUGCAGGAUAUGUGUAUUGGAGUAGAAAAAAGGAUGACUCGGAAGUGGUGAGAGAGAUAUUUUGGGCACAUCCUGAUUCAGUUAAGUUGUUGAAUAUAUUUCCGAUUGUGUUAGUUAUGGAUAGCACCUACAAGACAAACAAAUAUAGACAACCUUUGUUUGAAAUUGUUGGCAUGACAUCGACCGAGUUGACUUUUGCUGUUGGAUUUGCGUAUAUGGAGUCUGAGCAAACAGAGAAUUUUUGCUGGGUAUUGGAGAAAUUAAAAGAGUUGUUUGUGAAGAAAGACAUGUGUCCACAAGUGAUUUUGACAGAUAGAGAUCUUGCUUUGAUGAAAGCAAUUGAAGUUGUGUUUCCCAGCUCGAUUAAUUUGCUAUGUAGAUUUCACAUUAACAAAAACGUUGGUGUCAAAUGCAAACAACAUGUGGUGAAUGACCUGCAAAAGACGAUAGACACAUUAUGGAUGGAAGUUGUCUGGGCUAGUGAUGAGGUUGAGUAUGGUCAGCGGUUGCAUCAACUUGAGCAAGCAUGUGUUGAUUAUAGUGGAUUUAUUAAUUAUGUGAAAGACACAUGGUUGACUCCACAUAGGCAUAGAUUUGUUGGAGCAUGGAUUAAUCGAGUGCUACAUUUGGAUAACACAACGACUAAUCGGGUUGAAUCUGCUCAUUGGAAGUUAAAACAGAUGUUAGGAAACAGUAUAGCUGACAUGGUCAAAUGUUGGGAAGCAAUGAAUAACAACUUGAGGUUACAACUGGGAAACAUUAGAGCUUCUUUUCAAAAGAGUUUUUACGAAGUUGAGCACGCGCACGUAAGUCCCUUUUAUGGUUAUUUGCGUGGUUCUGUAUCUCGAGUUGCUUUGAGACGUAUUGCUGAAGAGUUAUUGAGAGUUGAUUAUGUUGGAACUAACAGGCAAAUAUGUGGUUGUACUCUUAGAACAUCUUAUGGGUUACCUUGUGCUUGUGAGUUAGGAAGAUACAGACUAGGUGGUAUACCGAUACCCAUUGAUGUUGUUCAUGUUCAUUGGAGAAAACUAACUAUGGAAGUUGAGUUAGAGGUAGGUGAAGACGAUGGAUCAGAGGUGGAUAUGACUUCUGCAAUGGAUGAGUUGUGGAGACGAUUUAGGUCAUUAGAUGUUAUUAGGAAAAGGGCAUUAAAGAGUAGGGUAUGUGAACUAGCAUACCCAAUAAUGACAACAUUGUGUCCACCACCUGAGAAAAUAAAAACCAAAGGAGGAGUGAAGAAGAAAGGGAAAAAACCAGCAGAUUAUGAUGUUUAUAGGGACCCUUCGUAUCAUGAGUAUGUUGAUAAGGCAUCUCAAUCUUCACAAAGGCAAUCUCAAUCUUCACAAAGGCAAUCUCAACCAUCACAUACUUCGAAGAAGAUCAAAUUAUCAAAGAAGCAACCACAAUUCAUUCUUCAAUUUCCUAAUCAUAUUAGGUCAUACAUUGAAGAGGGGUUUCCAUUGCCACCGGUCAUAUUAUGUUAUAUGACUUAAUCUUUUAAUUAUUUUACUUUAUCAGGUUAACAUGAAAGAGGGGUUUCCAUUGCCACCGGUCACAUUAGAUUGGAAGAAAUUUCGUUCUCAUAUAGCAACUACUUGGAUGUUAGGAUUUGCAGGACGUAUGCAACAUUGGCAAUUACUUACACCUGUAUUAGCAUGAUUAUGUACUCAAAACAUAAAUAUGUAAUCAAAACAUGAAUUUUAUAUUAAUAUGUCUAUUAUAUUCAAAGCUUAAUACAUAAAAUCAAUGUGAACGAGAAAUAUGCAAAGCUUCAAAUAAAUCAGAAAACUGUGGAUCUUCCUCUUCGGCAUUAACCUGUCUCAGAUAGCGAUGAAUCAAUGUAGAUACACGAGCCCAAUCAGGAUCAGAUGGCCCGGCGUCAUAUACAGGAACUGGUACCUCUCUAGGAGCGUCACGAUGGGGAGGGACCAACCGUGGAUGGGAAACACAAUAAUACCACUCCAGAUAACCGUCUACUGUAUCAGAUGGAGUGGUGGCCACGGUAGAUGAACCGAUCACAGUGAUAACACUCUGAUGGUAACUGAUCCAAUCAACAUCAAUAUCUGUCGCCAUCAUACAAUCCAGAGGUGGGGAUGGAACAUACUGCCUAUACCCGAACUGACGUAAACAUCUAUCAGGCAAGUAUGGGACAACUUUUUCACCCCACUUCAAACAGCCCCUGUAAAGACAUAUCUCAUCAAAUACAC